UUAACAUCAAUUUCUUUUUGCCCUUACUGUGCACAUGUUUCGAUUUGCUGAAAAUGGCGGCAAUAGGAGAAGAUGAACUGGGUCAAUUAUGGGAGAUUUUCGCGAGGUUCGACAUGGAUUCCGAUGGCAGCUUGACGAUGCUAGAGUUGGCGGCGCUGCUAAGAGCGAUCGGGCUAAAGCCAUCGGGCGAUCAAAUCCAUGUUUUGUUAGAUAGAAUAGACUCCAACCGCAACGGUGCGGUGGAGUUCGAUGAAUUAGCCAGUAUAUUGCCCGAACUCACCGAGGAUAUAUUGAACAACCAAGAGCGGUUGACGGAGGUGUUUCAGAUGUUUGAUCGGGAUGGCAAUGGAUACAUCACCGCGGCGGAGCUGGCGGGUUGCAUGGCCAAAUUGGGUCAUCCGUUGACGUAUUCGGAGUUAACCGAUAUUAUUAGAAAAGCAGAUUUCGAUGGGGAUGGUGUGAUCAGCUUCAGCGAAUUCUCGGCUGCAAUGGGAAAAUCAACCCUCGAAUUUCUAGGCAUUACGUUGGCAUCAUGA